AUGGCUAAACUUGGAGCUCUCGAGGAAGUCGUUGAAGCCGCGCUGUUGGAUCAAGUUUGCUGGUUAGACGUGUCAGGAAAGUUCGACACAAAAGACCUGUCUCUAGGAAUAACGUACGAGGUGAUAUUCGUGGUUAAGCUAGAAGAUGAAGCUUAUGGAUGGGACUGGGCCCCGGUUAAGCUGAAGUUGGUCGUGCCUAGUGGUAGCGAGAUACCUCAAGAGCAGAGUGUGAGCUUUGUGGAACACAUUGGGAAGCAAUGGUUAGAUAUUUCGGCCGGUGAGUUCAUUAUGUCUAAGGAGAGCGUAGGAGAGAUCAGCUUCUCACUGUAUGAACACGAAGCCAAUAUGUGGAGGUCAGGGCUUAUGGUCAAAGGCGUUGUAAUUCGUUUUAAACACCAACUUUAA